AUGUGUAUAUUCCUCGCUCGUUUCUAUUUGCUUGAAGCCCAUAGAACUUGUCGUACAGAACGGUCUUUUGAUGGGAAGGUUUUGGCUGCUAUCGGUUGCGCACAUAAUUCAUUUUCUUAUAGGAGAUGCGUACCAAGUGCGCAUGCUCUAGUAAUGUUUUACCAUAUACCUCUGGAACACGAGAUUUGCCUACAUCCGAAGUAUUUCGGCCCAGACCUACUGGAGACGGUCAAAAGAAAACUCUUUAAUGAAGUUGAAGGGACUUGUACGGGGAAGUACGGUUUUGUUGUUGCGGUUACAACCAUCGAUAAUAUUGGAGCAGGAUUGAUUCAGCCUGGGCGAGGUUUUGUCUUAUAUCCGGUCAAAUACAAAGCAAUUGUUUUUCGUCCAUUUAAGGGACAAGUUGUGGAUGCAGUGGUUAAUCAAGUUAAUAAAGUAGGACUGUUUUGUGAUAUUGGUCCUCUACAGUGUUUUGUCAGUCGACACUGUAUUCCACCAGAUAUGGAAUUUGAACCCAACUCAAACCCAGCCUGUUAUAAAACUCAGGAUGAAAGCGUUGUUAUAAAGCAAGAUGAUGAAAUCCGAGUGAAAUUAAUUGGCACACGUGUAGAUGCUUCUGAUAUAUUUGCAAUCGGAACAUUAAUGGAUGAUUAUCUGGGCUUGGUUGCUAAUGAAUAA